CUGCUAAUCCCGUUAUCCAGGAUGUUUUGAUUCUAUUAUCCGGUUAUCAAAAUCUUAAGAGGAAUGGGCUCCACCCAAUGGGGGCAUGCUGCUGCUUUGGCCCUGUAGUCGAGAUCCAGAGAUUGGGAGUAACAUUAUCUGUUAACAAUCAAAAAGCUUCUUGGUAAGCAGAAGGCCUAUAUAUAAAGUCACACCUGAAGGGACCACAGAACAACUCCUCAGUUCUCUCAAGUUUGCUCAGUGUUAACACAGCAUCAGCUGCUGGUACAUCUGAAGGAGGAUCUUGUCUGAAGUCAUCCUAUGGUGAAGAUGAUGUCUGCAAACGACAUGGCUAAAGUCAUGAUUGUCAUGCUUGCAAUUUGUUUUCUUACAAAAACAGAUGGGAAACCUCUUAAGAAGAGAUCUGUGAGUGAGAUACAGCUGAUGCACAAUAUGGGCAAACAUCUGGCCACCAAGGCGAGAUUGGAAUGGCUGCUUAACAAGCUACAGGAAGUGAAGAAUUUUGUUAGCCUUGCAAAUUCACUCAUUACCAAAGAAGGUGGUUCUCAGAGGUCCCCUAAGAAGGAGGACAAUGUCCUUGUUGACAGCUAUCAAAAAAGUCUUGGAGAAGCAGACAAAGCUGAUGUGGAUGUAUUAGUCAAAGCUAAAUCUCAGUGAAUAAAGACGUGAUCAGGAUAGUGCGCGAGCUGGUGUAGAGCAACAAUACUAAAUGCUGCUUGCUUUUCUAACUUCUUAGACAAUCAAGAGCCAAUAUUUCUAAUAUGACUAAACUUUGCAUGUAAUUCGUUGCUAGACAGAAUGGCUGCAAUUUUAAUUGAUUAUUCCACUUGUAUUCAUCGAAGAGCUCUUUAACCUGCUUUUGUUGUUUAUUCUUUUUAAAGUAUGUUAUUACAUAAUUUAUAAAAGAAUAAAUUAUACCUUUUCACCUGUCAUUAUAAUGCAAAAUAAAAAUUUAA